AUGGCUACACCGACAGAUAAAAUCUCUGUGCUCUUUGUAUGCCUCGGCAACAUCUGUCGCUCCACUAUGGCAGAGGGCGUGUUCCGCUCUCACACCAAAACCCAUCCUCGAAUUGGCGAGAUCGAUUCAGCGGGCACGGGAGCAUACCACGUACAGGACCCUCCGGACUUUCGAACGAUGGAUACACUUCGAAGACACGGCAUUACGGAUUACGAUCAUGGUGCGCGACAAAUCGACACCCAAGACUUUCAGACAUUCGACUACAUAUUUGCCAUGGAUGCCAACAAUUUGAGAGAUCUGCAACGAUUGCAACGAAAGGUAGACAGCGAAGGUGAGAAGAGCAAAGCCAAGGUCAUGAUGUUUGGCGAGUUUGGCGGCAAAAGGAAGGCCGAAGAGGUUGUCGAUCCUUACUACGGCGCCGACAAUGGGUUUGAGGUUGUCUACGAGCAGGUCAAUCGGUUCUCCAAGAAUUUUCUUGAGCAAGUCGUCGACAAGAAGGCAUAA